AUGCCGGCAGAUGUCAAGGGGAUUCUGGACGAUGAACAGCUGUGGAAGAGCACGUCCACACAAGGCCACCAUCUGAAGAUCGCCCUUUCGUCUAGAGUAGUUCGCACGCUGGCCAACCUUGGCCGACCAACUUACUGGGCCAGUACUGGUAACAAUGGCAAACAGCUCAGGCGAACCGCGUAUCUGGACGGUCUACGUGGCUUUGCCGCUUUCAUGGUCUACUGGCUACACCAUCAGUUAUGGGCUCACGACGACGUCCAGAUGAACCACGCUUUUGAGAAUGUCUUUGGUUGGAACGGGCGACACUACUUUGCUGCCCUGCCCGGUAUUCGAAUCUUCUUCUCAGGCGGCCAUUUUGCCGUUACCGUGUUUUUUGUCAUUUCGGGCUACGUAUUAUCUGCAAAGCCGCUGUCGCUAAUCCACGCGGGCGAGUUUGUCAAGCUGGGAGAGAAUGUCGGAUCAGCAUUGUUUCGUCGAUGGUUGCGACUUUUUCUACCGGUCAUUGGUACGACUUUCGUCUUCAUGUCUGUGUUGCACUUGUUCAAGGUUCGGACAUCCAUCGUGGACCUUGCUCCCACGUACCGGGAAGAAGUUUGGAAAUGGUAUAAGGAAUUUAACAGCUUCGCCUUUGUGUUUCGGUCUGGCGGCGAGCCCUGGUUUACCUACAAUUUCCAUGCGUGGUCCAUCCCUGUCGAGUUCCGCGGCUCUAUCCUGAUCUACGCCUCCGUCAUGACAUUUUCACGAUGCACGCGAAACGCACGGCUGUUGUGCCAACUUGGGUUGAUUUCAUACUUUAUCUGGAUUGCGGAUGGCUGGUUCUGCGCCCUGUUCUCGUCGGGCAUGCUCUUGUGCGAUUUGGACCUGCUUGCUGCUAACGACAAUCUGCCGCGCUGCUUCUACGUCCUGCGACCUUACAAGCGAACCAUCUUCUACGCCUUAUUUGCGGUAUCUAUGUAUCUUGGCGGCGUACCCAGUCGCAACGCCGACCUCGAUAAUCUUCGCAACUCAUAUGGCUGGCGCUAUUUAUCCUAUCUCAAACCGCAAGCCAUGUGGGACUACAAAUGGUUCUUUCUAAUCUGGGCUUCCACGUUUCUUGUCUCUUCGGUGCCGCACAUUCCGUGGUUGAAGGCCUUUUUUGAAACCCAUUUCUGUCAGUACCUUGGACGUAUAUCAUUCGCCUUCUAUCUUGUGCAUGGGCCUGUUCUGUGGCUCGUGGGCGACAGGUUGUAUGCCGCGGUUGGCUGGCCGCGCGAAUGGCACGCAAGCAAUACACCUACUUGGAUUAAUCGAUUCCCACUGCCCAAGGGUGGCCCAUUGGGAUUGGAACCCAGUUUCUUGGUGUUGCAUCUCAUCUUACUACCGCUGACGCUGUGGCUCGCAGAGAUUGUAACAACAGUAUUUGACGACCCCAGCAUCCGGUUAUCACAAUGGCUGUACAAGAAAACGCUCGCCCCGAGCGAAAAGUAG